GUGUAAAAGUUAACGUUUCAGGCGUUAAUUUUGAAUUUAAUCGUGAAAUUCUAAAAUCAAGGAAAUAUCAUACGCUUACAAAAAUGUGUGACGAAGCCGAAGAUGAUAAAAAGCAAAUUGAACUUGUAGUGGACCGUCCGUCCGAUUGUUUUGCUGCAAUUUUGAAUUAUUAUCAAACAAAUGAACUACACAUGCCGCCGAGUGUGUGUCCUAGUGCAUUCAGAACAGAGCUGAAGUUUUGGAGUGUGGCGCCAACAGACUUAGAGCCAUGCUGUUUGUACAGGUAUUACACGUUUUGGGACGAGUACGAAACCCAUGAGAACUUCAGGAAAUCUACAUUCAAACAAGAAAUGAAGGACGGUCUAUUUAUUCAAUUAAAUACACACAACAAAAUAAACAACGUCAGAAGAAGAGUCUGGAAAUUGGCAGACUUUAAAGAGAACACAGUCUGUGCAAAAGUGUACAUUGUAACAGUGUUCGUAAUGAUAAUGCUAUGUGUUUUUACACUAGCAUUUAGUACGGAGCCAAUGUUCCAGCGACCUUUAAGGAAGUGCGAAAUGUUAGAGUAUCUUGAACAUUCCAACAAUGAGGUUGCUGAAUACGCAAGAGAACGAUUCGGAAACCCUGAAUGCUCUUCUGAUCAUGUGAUCAAUUCAGAUGAGGAAAUAUCUGAGACGGAUAUGCAAUGGCAGCAAAUUAACUCUGAAACCAACGGAACAGGAAGCGUAGAAGAAAUAAUUUUGCCACGUGUGAUGGUUCGUCAUCAGGUGUUUGAAGCUCUCGAAUAUUUUACAGCCGUGUUUUUCACAGUCGAACUUUUAAUUCGAAUUUUUACCUGCCCGUCUUUAUCCGAUUUCUUUACUAACAUUUUGAAUAUUUUUGAUAUUUUGGCAGUACUUGGUUUCUACAUACACAUUGCUAUCAUCAAUAUAAACAAAGAAUACAGAUAUCAGUACGGCUGGGUGAGGUCAAUAAGUUACAUUCAGAUCUUUCGGAUUAUGAGACUUUUUCGUGUUGUUAGGAAUGUACGUCUGAGCCGAGUUCUUACAUUCUCAAUUCGAAAGAACGCUCGCGACAUGUCAUUUCUUCUUUUGCUGUUUCUGAUGGGAGUGUUUAGCUCAGCAAGCCUGAUUUAUUUCAUAGAAGAAAGGGAUUCGAUUGCAUCUAUCCCAGUGGCUUGGUACUGGGCGACUAUCACCUUUACAACAGUGGGUUACGGGGAUAUAAAACCAACCACGGGUGCCGGUCGCUUUGUGGCCGCCGUGUUGGGCAUGUGCGGGGUACUUCUGCUCUCUAUAACUCUGCCAAUGUACGUGAAUAACUUUCUCACAUUAUACAAGUACUCCUGCCUGGAUAAGUACAUUCAAGAAAGAAAACACACGAGAAGAAAGCUUAAGGGUGCAGUUAGGGCUAUUAAUACGAUGAAUUCUGUUGACAAACCUAUAAAUAAUGGAAAAGUAUUUCCGAAGACAGACUUUUAUGAAGUUAAACCCAAAUCUAUUUCCACAAAAUCGUCUGUGAACAAUAAUCACACUGUAAAAAAAGAAGAAAUUGUACUCGAAGAAAUGUGAAAAAAUUUUGGCUGAAGAGACAUUUGUCUACUGUCAUAGACAGAAAUUCUGUUUCUUUAAACAAAUAUUGAACAAAUGUGAGACGCAUAUCUGAGUAAGAUGAGGGUUGGAUGUUUUUUGCAAACUUACUAAUAACAUAACAUGAAAACAAGAAACACUGUCAACCAUGUAUUUUUCAGUGUAUAUGUUGUAAUUCAAAUAUUUCACCAUGCGAAGAACAAAAAUAUAUAUCAACAUUUGUUUUAUAAAUCACAAUGCAGAUUAAUUAAGGUAAAAGCCGGUGAUACAACAUGAACAACUGAGCCCAUCCAACUAAAAAAAAUCACAUUAAAAGCUUAUUGUCUACAUUGUUAGUAAACUACUGUUUCGUACAUUUGCUGGUAACCCAGUUGACAUAUUUGACUUCUUUAACGUCGAAAGGCUGUGAAUAGAGUCCAUACGGCCUUGAAUCUUUUGAUCGAAGCAGCUCUAAAAAGUGAAAGACACACCAUUCGUACAGAUUAUCUUUAUCAUAAUGUUUGAGGGACUAGUCAUAUAAGACCUUUUUUACACAAUUAGUUCAUAAUGAGAUAGAAUCUGGUACGUGCGACUGCAGAACCUGUAAAAUAUUUAUUUAUGUGUGAUUGAAUUUGUGUUGAGUUUUGUUUAU